UAUGCGCCCGCCGCUGCUGCUGCCCGGGGGCGGCGGCGGGGAGAGAGAUUGGGGCCUCCCUCCUCCGGGCCGGAGACCAUGGAGCAAAGCUACGGCGAAGUGAACCAGCUGGGGGGCGUCUUCGUCAACGGGCGCCCCUUGCCCAACGCUAUCCGGCUCCGGAUCGUGGAGCUGGCCCAGCUAGGCAUCCGUCCCUGCGACAUCAGUCGCCAGCUGCGGGUCUCCCACGGCUGCGUGAGCAAGAUCCUGGCCCGCUACAACGAGACCGGCUCCAUCCUGCCCGGCGCCAUCGGGGGCAGCAAGCCCCGGGUCACCACCCCCAACGUGGUCAAGCACAUCCGAGACUACAAGCAGGGCGACCCGGGCAUCUUCGCCUGGGAGAUCCGGGACCGCUUGCUGGCCGACGGCGUCUGCGACAAGUACAACGUGCCCUCCGUCAGCUCCAUCAGCCGCAUCCUCAGGAACAAGAUCGGGAGCCUCUCGCAGCCCGGAGGAGCGGGAGCGGGAGGAGGAGGAGGAGGAACCGGUGGAGGACCCUACGACGGAGGUGGCAGCGGCGGAGGCAGCUGCAAGCACCCGGGGCCCCCGCAGCCCGCCCUCCCCUACAACCACAUCUACCAGUACCCUUACCCCAGUGCCGCCGCCGCCGCCAAGCUCGGCACCCACCCAGGAGGCCCGGUCUCGGCCGCCCACGUCAGCCUCCCCCGGUCGUGGCCCUCGGCCCACUCGGUCACCAACAUUCUGGGCAUCCGCACCUUCAUGGAGCAAAGCGGAGCUCUAGCCGGACCCGAUGGCUCUGCCUACCCUCCCAAAUUAGAAGACUGGCCGAGUGUCAACAGGACCACCUUUUCAGCUGCAGGGCAAGGCGUCAACGCGCUUGACAAGUCGGCCUCGGAAGCAGACAUUAAAUACCCCCAGCCGCCUCCUGGGCUCUCGGCGGUGAGCCCCUUCCUCUCCCCGUGUGCCUACCCCUCCUCAAACCAGGCCGGAGUCUACGCAGGGCCAGGCGGGGGCUACCUGGGUCCGGCCCAUCAUCCCUGGCAAGCUCAAGGCAGCCCUUUGGCUCACCAUCACCAUGGGCCCAGCGUGGCACUUCAUGGCGGAGAGCUACCUUCCUCCAUGGCCUUCAAGCACCCAGCCCGAGAAGCCGGGGAGAGGAAGCAAGCCACCACUGCUACCUCCACCACCGGGACCAAGGCUCCAGCAGACGCCCACAGCGGCCUCCACGGACUUUCUGCCCCAGCCUCCUCAUCCUAGAAGGGAGAAAGGAGACAUUUGCUUUGGAGGCUGGGAGAAGGAAUCCCUUGCCCAGCCACAGUGGCCAAUGUGAGAAGUGAGAAGCUGCAGGCGGCCACAGCAUAGUCCUCUCUGCACUUUCUCGUGGCACGAUCCUGCUUUAAAGGAGUGCGGAAGAAUGGGCUUGCCUUUGUCUGACUGGCCUUGUGAGCUAAGAGGGAAUAAAAGCACACGGGGCAAAAAAACCAAGCGGGUGGAUUUGCUUUUGUGGCUCGACUCGCAUGGCAUGGAUUUACAAAUGCUGCUUGUUUAUUUGUUUCCGACCAAUUUGUUUGCCGUUGCCAUCUUCAGAGGCUGAGAGAGUGUGGCCCAGAUGGCCGAGGUGGGAUUCGAACCCAGGUCUCCCAGUGCCCUAAUCUGACGCUCAACCAUUAAACGCCAUGCUGGUUCUCUCGGGACCCCAAAACAAACCUUGGCCCAAAUGGUGUUGAUGUUCCAGUGAGGU